AUGCUUGGUGGUAUUACUAAGUCGCUCACUGCGCUAUCAAGGACUUCAGCCAACCGUCCCAUUCAUGUAAUAAUCAUUACAGGCCUUUUGGCGUCCAUUGCCUAUUUGUCAGUCGUUGAAGAGUAUGCACCUGGGAACCUUGACAAGUCUGAAUCAUCGGUUCAAUUUUAUCAUCCACCUGGGUCAUCAGACUACAAAGAUUGGGUGCAUAUCGAUGACUCGCUGGCAUUUAAUGGAGCUGAUCAGGUGGUUGUCGUACCGUUGAGAUUUAAAAGGAUACACGACAAUCGAAUUCCUGAGGUCAAAGGUUCUUUCAAAGGAUUGAAUAGCAAUGAGCGCGUUAUCAUCACAACUCCCGAGGAGUACGAGACAACUUUGAAGUCAAUCGACAAGAUUGUUGAUAAUAAUAUAACAUGGAAGGUCAUUCAACAUAAUAAGAUAACGAAAUACUACGAAUAUUUGCGUUCUGCUAUUAUCAACUGUAAGGCCUCAAUUCAAGGUGCCGAAAAAUUUGACAUAGGAUUGAUAGGCAUUGCAUACAUUGCUAUGUGGUAUACAUUAAUUAAAGUCUUCUUCGACAUGAAGAAGCUUGGCUCGAACUUCUGGUUAGCCUUCUCAACGUUAACCUCAUCAACAUUUGCUUUCCUUUUUGCUUUGGUUACUACUACCAAGUUUCUUGAUUACAAGGUUCCUCUUAUAAGCAUCACUGAAGGUAUACCAUUUCUUGUUGCGAUAAUAGGGUUCAAACAUAAGGUUUCCAUUGCCUCUUUAGUCAUGAAUGCUUCCACGUCUUCAGCGGAUGUGAAGACCAUAGUUGCUAAUGCUUUAUCUGCUAUCCUGGUAAGUUUAUUAAGAGAUCAUGUUGUAGUUAUUUCCGCUUUAAUAUCCUGUGCCGUUUAUGCUCCACAUUUAGAAGGGCUCAGAAAUUUUUGCAUUUUAAGUUCAUUUAUUUUAGGAUUUGACUUGUUAUUGGUUUAUACUUUCUAUUCAGCUAUUUUAGCUUUAAAAGUUGAGAUUAACAGAGCAAGAAGAACCGAAAGCUUGAGAGAUGCUUUGGAAGAGGAAGGUAUUUCUUCAAUUCUUGCUCAAAACAUUGCAACACGCUCAUCCGAUAUUGAUUUUCCCAGUAAAGGAUCUCAUUUCAGUUCCAAUGAUGGCUCAAUAAUUUCAUUUAAAGUUGCAAUGUUAGCUCUAUUUAUUGGCUUUCAAGCGUUUUGUUUGGGAGGUACUUGGUUAUACAGUGGAGCAAGUGAAAGGCCCCUUAUGUUUAGUACCAGGCCCAGCUUAUCUAAAGUUGCUGCAAAACAUAUUAGUAUCGGACAAAAUGGUACAAUAGCAAUUAUUGCAAAUUCUAGGAUUUACAUGCCAUUAGGACUAUUAGUGCAAACUGAAGAUUUCAUUAUGAUGAUUCUAGAGACCAUCAGUCACGCAAUUAGGGAUAAUCUCAUCUCCAAAUGUUUAUUGUUCGCCUUUGCAGUCUCAAUGUCUACAAAUGCUUACUUUUUGAAUGCUUCACGCUAUCAAGUGAAAGCCACUAACAAACUUAUUGAAAAGGAAAUCUCUAGACCAAAAUCAGGCUUAAAGAAGCCAUCUUCAAAGUCAGGUUCGGCUGUUUCUACUUUGCCGAGUCCACUGACCGAUGACAAUGACAAAGAUUCAGAAACAAUUGGAGGUGAAACGGACUUCUCGUCCAGUGAAGAAGAGCUCGAAAUAAAGACACGUAAAAAUGUCUUACCUUUACAAGAAUGCAUCAAAUAUUUAAAAGAAGGGAAAGUUAAAGAACUAACUGAUGAUGAAGUGUCAUCAUUAUCAAUUUCAGGUAAUUUGCCGCUCUAUGCAUUAGAGAAACAAUUAGGAGAUAACACCCGGGCUGUCGCUGUUCGUCGUAAAGCGAUUUCAAAGAUGGCAAAUGCACAAGCCUUGGAUACAUUACGUUUACCUUAUCAUAAUUAUGAUUAUGAUAGAGUUUUUGGUGCAUGCUGUGAAAAUGUUAUUGGUUAUAUGCCAUUACCUGUUGGGGUCGCAGGUCCUCUUAUUAUUGACGGAAAGCCAUAUCAUGUGCCAAUGGCUACUACUGAAGGAUGUUUGGUUGCAUCAACAAUGCGAGGAUGUAAGGCUAUAAAUGGUGGUGGUGGUGUUCAGACUGUUUUGACACAAGAUGGUAUGACAAGAGGCCCUUGUGUUUCUUUCCCCUCCUUAGCCAGAGCAGGUGGCGCAAAGAUAUGGUUAGAUUCAGAGGAGGGACAAAAGGUUAUUAAAAAGGCCUUUAAUUCAACUUCAAGAUUCGCCCGGUUGCAGCAUAUUCAGACCGCAUUAGCUGGGACACUAUUAUUUAUCCGAUUCAGAACUACAACGGGAGAUGCCAUGGGUAUGAAUAUGAUAUCAAAAGGUGUCGAGCACUCUCUUAAAUACAUGGUUGAGGAAUGUGGUUGGAGCGAUAUGCAAGUGAUAUCAGUAUCCGGUAAUUACUGUACUGACAAAAAACCGGCUGCUAUCAACUGGAUCGAAGGAAGAGGAAAGUCAGUCGUAGCAGAAGCAAGGAUUCCGGCUCUGGUCGUUCAAAAAGUCCUUAAAUCUGAUGUUAAUGCUUUGGUUGAAUUAAACAUUAGUAAGAACCUUGUUGGUUCGGCAAUGGCUGGGUCAGUUGGUGGCUUUAACGCCCAUGCUGCAAAUUUGGUCACUGCUGUUUUUCUUGCAUGUGGACAAGAUCCAGCUCAAAAUGUUGAGUCAUCGAAUUGUAUCACUUUAAUGAAUAAUGUAGAUGGUGAUUUGCAAAUUUCGGUUUCAAUGCCUUCAAUUGAGGUGGGCACUAUUGGGGGAGGCACCAUUUUGGAACCGCAAUCUGCUAUGCUUGAUUUGCUCGGUGUAAGGGGACCGCACCCAACACACCCAGGAGAAAAUGCUAGACAGUUGGCUAGGAUUGUGGCUUCUGCUGUUCUUGCUGCUGAGCUUUCUCUCUGUUCAGCCCUAGCUGCUGGACACUUGGUUCAAUCUCAUAUGCAGCAUAACCGUAAGGGUGCAACAAAUAUCCCAAAUGAAACAAGUGGUCUUAGCAAUCUGGCAGCACCAGCACCAAUUUCUAAUCCAGCUGAGCUAAAGAGAUUGAAGGAGGGCUCCGUUAAUUGUAUUAAGUCUUGA